AUGAUCGUAAGUCUUAAGGAACUACGAACUAAAGCACCUCGUGCAUUCUCGAAGCAUCGUCGAGAUAAAAGACUGAGGGAUGAGGAUGUGGAGCGUAUGCGGAAAGAACGUCUGGCGAAACGAGCCAUGAGUCGCACCCCUUCACCAGAUGAAACUCUCUUGGGAGGUAUAAAGAAACGUGAACGAUCUCCUCUUGAGCGAAUAAAAAAGAAGGACAAGCAAAGCGAGAAUAGGAAACACGAUCCACCAAUAUCAUCGACAACACCUGAGCAGAUUACUGUAACGGUUGCGAAAAUGGAGAUGGUCGAGUCCGUAGAAGAAGGUGAUGCAACAUUCCUCGCUGAAAGUGAAAUCACCUCCUUCACCCUGGAUUCGCCUGCUGGACCACAAAAAUAUUCGAAAUUUGACAUGGCAGAGUACAGUGAUGUGGAAGUGGAACCUGAACCAGAGUUUGAUCCAUCAACGGCAACUUACGAAACGUUGACCGACGAGCAGAAAGCAUUGCUUUCUCCGGAUACAAAGAAACGUUUGGAAAAUGAAUGGCAAAAGCGACUGAUAGCUCAGUUACCUAUCUACUAUGCUUCAUUUAUGGGCUGCCGUAAUGUUGUUGAAUUCGACUGUGUAAACCGAGUGGAAGAAGGAACUUUUGGUGUAGUAUAUCGUGCUAAAAACAAGCGUACA